AACGACCUUGCGGGUGAAUCGUGCUCUGCUCUGCAACUUUCGUUCAUUCAGACUCCGUCCGUAUAUGCCAGCAUUUCUUCUCCCGCCAAACACAAUCCUCAGCAACUCAACCCCAUUCUCUCUCACUCUCUCUUCAACCAUAGCGAAUUGCAUUUCUAAGUUCAGCAAACAUGGAUGCUCGGAAUCCGCGUCGCCUGAAACGAGGCCAGAUGUCUAGAGCUACCGCGGCCCUGAGACCGCCAUUUUCGGACAUCUCCAACUUUACUACAACUACCGACUACGGCCCCUCCUCAGCGGGGUCCUACUUCUUCAAUGACUCACCUGAUUCAAAAUCCCAUACCAGUAGUGUAGCUUCCACUUCCGUCCUAAAUCGGAGCAACACAAAGCUCAGUUUCUCAGCCCCCUCUCGUUCUUCCCGCAGCACUUCAGUUAUGUCAGAAGAGUCGGCAUUAUCCACGACUGGUCCCAGUAAAAGAUAUCCCAAGAAGAGGUGUUCAGGGAAGCUGUCUCUUACAGAAGAAUCUUCGCUUGAAGAUUUUGUGAAAAAACAAAAGGCUUAUUUCAAAGAGGUUGAUGAGUUCGAGCUGCAAGAGGAGGAAGCAUCUGACUAAUCUAUCUCAAUAUAAUAAAUAUAUAAAGAUUGCAGAAGUAGAAUAUCACACUGGUGGCAUGUUUGAAGCUUGGAGCUGGCAGAGUUCAGCUUAUCUGGAUACAAUUCUUGGACAAAGUUAUGCUAAGAAACACAUAACUGUUAUUCUUAGACACGGUCUUAGUAGUGUUAUUGGUUUUAGAUAGGUGUUUUCCGGAAGUUGUGUUUAACACUGUUUUUACAUCCUCAUUUUGGGACUUGUGAGCAUAAUUUGGAAGAGGCGUUCAAGGAAGCUGUCUUUUACCGAAGAAUCUGCGUUUGAAAAUUUUGUGGAGAAACAAAAGGCUUAUUUCAAAGAGGUCGAUGACUAAUUUAUUGGCUGAUGAGUGUCUUAAAUUGGGUUUUUUUGCUGAGGAGAAUGUUUUUCUAGUCAAGCAUAGCCUAGGCAUACCCUAGCGUAGUAGUCACCAUUUGGCAAUUAGGUUGGGAAUUCAAUUCUUAAAAAAGUUCCUGUAAAUAGUGUUGUGAUCUAUUCCUCUUGUAGUCUCUGCACUGCUGAACUUUUAGCUUAUUAGCUUAUACGAAGUAUUAGAAUUUCAUUUAGCUGUCUGUACAAUUUAAUGGGCCUUGUUUUCAUAUGUCACAUUUUUACCUGUCUAGGUAACGUAAGU